UGCAAAACUGCUGUGGCAUAGCUGAGGCGGAAGAGUCUUUCACAUGGACAGGAGACGUCAACUAUCCCAAGACAAAAGUUCUGCAGAAAUGACGUCUUGUCAAGUCACUUUUGAAGUAACAGGACCAUUAGCAGCAGGAGAGGUUUUUGCAAUAUGCGGGAGCUGCAGUGCUUUGGGAAAUUGGAAUCCCCAAGCUGCAGUGGUCCUCCAGCCUCAAGAUGUUUCAUCUGAUAGAACCUGGAAAGCUGCUGUAGAGCUUCCUAGAGGAGUUCCUGUUCAGUAUCGGUAUUUUAAAGGAUACUUUCUAGAACCGAAGACUAUCGAUGGUCCCUGCGAAGUCAUAGUUCACACGUGGGAGACUCAUCUACAACCACGAUCAAUUACCCCUUUAGAAAAUGAAAUUACUGUCGACGAUGGAGAGUUUGGAAUCUGUAAUGGUAUUAAAACUGUGGAUUCUGGGUGGCUGACAUGUCAGACAGAAAUAAGGCUACGUCUGCAUUAUUCUGAGAAACCCCCUGUACUGAUAUCUAAGAAGAAAUUUAAAACAUCAAGGUUUAGAGUAAAAUUGACCCUAGAAGGCCUAGAGAAGGACUAUGACGAGGAGAGCCAAGAGAAGACGUCCCCUACUGUCCCUCAGAAAAUGGCAAACACGGUGGAGUUCUCCUUAAUCACCAACGAAGACUACAAGUGUCGGCACACUCAGCCGGACUGCGGCUAUGCUUUGCAGCCAGACCGAUGGAUAGAAUACACAAUACAAACCAUGGAGCCCGAUAACUUGGAAUUAAUAUUCGAUUUUUUUGAGGAGGAUUUAGGUGAGAAGGUGGUACAAGAUGAUGUGCUCCCAGGUCACGUAGGCUCUGCCUGCCUCCUGUCAUCCACAAUUGCAGAGCUCGGAAAGAGUGCUGGAAUUCUUACACUUGCUAUUAUGAGCAGAAAUCCAAGGAAGACAAUUGGAAAAGUUAGAGUGGACUACAUAAUUAUCAAACCAAUCCAGGGAUAUGCUUGUGAUAUGAAGGCUUCAUAUUCAAAAUACUGGAAACCAAGAACAACUCUGGAUGUUGGACAUAGGGGAGCAGGGAAUUCUACAACAACAACUAGGCUUGCUAAAGUUCAGGAGAACACCAUUGCAUCCCUGAGGAGUGCUGCUAGUCAUGGAGCAGCAUUUGUGGAAUUUGAUGUACAUCUUUCUAAAGAUCAUGUACCUAUAGUAUACCACGAUCUCACAUGUUGCAUGGCCAUGAAAAAGAAACUGGAUACAGAGCCUUUGGAACUGUUUGAGAUUGCGGUCAAAGAACUCACAUUUGAUCAGCUGCAGUUAUUAAAGCUGGCUCACGUGACAGCCCUGAAAGUCAAAGAUCACAAUGCCUCUUUUAAAGAUGACGAGAACUCUGCUUUUGAGAUGCAGCCAUUUCCUUCUCUGCAAAGAGUCCUGGAGUCUGUUUCUGAUGAUGUUGGAUUCAACAUAGAAGUAAAAUGGAUCUCCCAACAAAGGGAUGGACAAUGGGAUGGCAACUUGUCAACUUACUUUGAUAUGAACCUUUUUCUAGAUAUUAUUCUGAAAACUGUUUUGAUGAAUGCUGGAAAAAGAAGAAUUGUGUUUUCUUCUUUUCAUGCAGAUAUUUGUACAAUGAUCCGACAUAAGCAAAACAAGUAUCCUGUGUUAUUUCUCACCCAAGGGGAAUCUAAACUCUAUCCAGAGCUUAUGGAUCUCCGAUCUCGCACAACUCCAAUUGCCAUUAACUUUGCACAGUUUGAAAACUUGCUGGGAAUUAAUGUGCAUUCUGAAGACCUCCUGAGGAAUCCAGGGUUUAUUAAACGGGCCAUAUCCAAAGGCCUGGUUAUUUUUUCAUGGGGUGAUGAUGCAAAUGACCCAGAUAACAGGAGGAAGUUGAAAGAAUAUGGUGUUCAUGGGUUGAUAUAUGACAGAAUUGACCAAAACACUGUAGCCAGUUGUGAAGAUGGCAGAAAAACUGUGUCCUGAAUACCAAAAGUUGGUGAUACCAUGCACUGGGCAAAAAAAAAAUGCAGAGGUUGCAGAACACCCUUCAGGAGCCAAACACUUCUGUUUUACACCCACUGCAGAGCCCUGCAACGUCCUGCAAGUCUUUUGUGGAAGGUGCUUACUUUAAAAAGUAAUGUUUAAAGGACUUCUCAGUCUUCUGCAGGGCUUGCUUAUUAAGAGGAGGCCAGAUGGAGAAACUUUGGUGGAAACUUUAGUUGAUUACAAAUAAUUGUCCUCUUGAAGAAUGGAGAAUAGAUGGAGGAUGAGAUUUUAUUCUUUAUCUUUACAGUGAUAUUGGAAAUAAUUGGAGAAGUACUGGAGCUCUGUUGCUGCAAACUGGUAGUGUACUGUUGUGGACCCAAACAAAAAGUAGGGUCAGGAAAUUGUGAAGUUUUGCUUUGAGUUGUCUUCUCUGCCUUUGGUUUAGAAGAAACCAUAUACACACCUUGAACUGGACUGGCUCUAGUGGACAGCUUGAAAGGAGCUUGGAGGGUUGAAUUUUUCCAGAAUCUCAAAUUGAAAGGAAUUUAGAAUGGAGCAGAAAUUAAAGAGUUUAUACUUGUAGUAAAGAAGUAGUAAUAAAAUACAGAAGCUGCUUAGAAACAUGCCUAGCCACGUCCUAGGAGCAAGGGGCUUAGAAGAGCCAUGCUUUUGCUGUUUUAGUGUCUAACUGAUGGGAAGGACUUUGAUUCUUAGUUGCUAAUGUGUGUUUUGUGUAGAAAACCAUCCUCGAGUUUCAGUGUUUUGUCUGGAAUUCGCAGGGAAAUUCCUAAGGUGUCAGCUGACUCAACUGACAGAAGCACAGGAAGGAAGGAGAGCUGUUACUUUGCAGAAAGCUUCCAUUGGGCAAAUUUGUUUGAAUUUCAGCAAACUGGACAGCAUCUAUCCUCACUUCCAGGAGUUUCUUCACAGAAAUUGUCCUUGACCUUACUGUGAUCCAUAUCAGUAUUUCCUGUGGAAAUGUUUCCUCACUUGAAUCCCGUUAUUGUACCCAUCUUUGAGCUGCAUGUUGUUUUUGGUGUCUUGGAGUUGCCAGCAGUUCACAAGUUGUCUUGUCAGGGUAAAAGGGCACCUCACACUCUCUCACAUCAGCACUACAUUGUACAUAGUGGCAUUGGUUCCUUUUGGGCAUGACUUGAAAAUGUGUGAGACACAAAGGAUGAUGAAAUAAAAACGAACUACUUCCUUGAAGGAAUCAUAAGUGAAGUAUGAGCAUUCUUAAAGACUGAAGCAAAAGCUGGAGUAAUUUUUUGCAGAAGUUUUCAUUUGAAGGAGAUAAAACCUGCAAUACCUGGAGCUGUGUGUGUGCAACAUCUGAAAGUGAGAGCAACUGGGUGCCAGGAUUAAAAUUUUGGAUAUAAACAUGCAGAUGUUAGAAAUUAAUGUUGGGAAAUCAAGGUAUAUUCUUGCUACAAUAAGUGUUGUGCCAGUGUUAGGUUACAGGAGCACCAAUGCUUUUCUUUGUAAUGAAUUAGACCAUAAUAGUGUUUGAGUUGUGCUCAGUGUUUACACUGUCACUCAAAAUGUGGCUUGGAUUUGGACAAUCUGGUAUGAUGCUGACAUUUCAAAUCCUGCGGCUUUGUUUACUUGUGUGAAAACAAGAAAGUGAAAAGAGGAUAGACUGUUUAAAUAGUAUGGAUGGUUAAUUUGCAUUAGGUGUGGAGAGAGGUCAGAUUUUCUGUUUUUCACUCUUCACUUAAUAUUGUGGUGAUAAUUAUGGUAAUUUAAACUGAGCUGUGUGGAGCUGAAAUGCUUCUUGAAACAGUAAGUAUACACUCCAUGCAGUAUUAUGUGCAAGCAGUAUAUCACAGUCUUCAAAUAAUCUCUGGGCUCUGAAAUUUCUUAUGCUUUGAACUUUGAAGCCUGGAGCACUGCUCUUGUUUCACUGCUUUGUGCCACCUGUAAAAUCACAUUUGUAGUUUCUUAGUAUAUCCAAUGAAACACUAACUAGUCUGUGAAAAAGGAAUACCGUUUUAUAUUAUGAGAUGAGUAGCAAAACGUAGGGUACUAACCCCAAACAAACUGUCCUUGGGACCUAAUUUUGCUCUUUUAAGGAAAAACCAGGUGCUUCAUCUGCUGUGCAUUUCUGUGGACUGCUAGUUAUACUGAUCAGUGUUUUUUCUU